GCGCAUAUCGAAAUAAACAGAUCAAGAUGGAUAUGUGGGAAAGCUAACGGUCUCGACGAUUGGGAGAUUUCAACUGAAAAUUUGUCUGGCAGAGUGGCAGCCGCUGUCAUAUUCCCAGCUAAGAGCAGACUGUGAAUUCUAUGUCUUAGGAAGAUACAAACUGCAAAAAUGGUCGCCUAUCUUUUGUCGAGACUCGUUGUACUGGUCUUCGGAACCCUGUACCCAGCCUACUACUCGUACAAGGCAGUCAAGACAAGAAAUGUCAAAGAAUAUGUUAAAUGGAUGAUGUAUUGGAUAGUAUUUGCACUAUUCAGUUGUGUGGAAACAGUAGCGGACAUAUUUGCUUCAAUAUUACCAUUUUAUUAUGAAAUUAAGAUUCUCUUCAUAUUUUGGCUCAUCUCGCCUUGGACAAAAGGCUCCACAUACCUUUACAGAAAAUGCAUCCAUCCAGCUUUAAGUAAAAAAGAACAGGAAAUUGAUGAGUAUAUUAACCAAGCCAGUACUAGGGGCUAUGAAGCCCUCAAACGAGUAGGACGCAACGGAAUGACGCUGGCCGCCAACGCUGUUAUGACUUCUGCAAUCAAGGGACAGACCUCACUGCUGGAUCAGAUCAAGGUAUACUCUGGGAUUGCCAUAGCUGCAGGCACAGCUAUAGAGGAUAGGAGACUACCACCACCAGAGGGAGGAGACUCCCAGGACGAGGAUGUCAUCGCCAUUGAGACGAGUACAAGGGUCACCAGGUCACAGCAGGAUGAGACCGACAUGGGCACAAUGCUCACACCAGAAUUACACGACCUUGACUACGGCGCAUCGACCCACGGAGAUCUUCUGCAGAGCUUAGAUAAGCUAGAUAACAGGUUACGAGAGGAGAGAGAACAUGAACACUACCUACGCAGCGGCGAAUCGGAAUGGGGCCACGAAGACAUCCACCAGCAACCUGACAACGAUUGGGACCGGGACGAUCGACCCGACAAGGACCUGGAGUACUUGAUCAGCGACCAGUACGAGGAUCAGCCCCCGCAGCCCAAGCCCCGUGCCAAGCCCCGGUCUCCGCCCAGGAGGAAACCCACCCCGCCCACGCAUCCUAUAGUAGACCAGGACAGUGAGAGCAGUGAUGUGGAGAGACCGGCCACGCUACGGAGAUCCACCUCGCUCAGGUCAUCCGGCAAGUCACGCACGUACUCGUCUACAGAAAACCUGUCUACCUCCAGAGGGCGCUAUGCAUCGACGGAGAAUCUUACCAAGAGGCAGUUGAGUCGCAGACAAGAGAUGAUGAGCAGGUCCCUUCGCCAUUCCACCCGGCAAACCUCGAACCGGGACGCUCAAGAGAGACGUCCACCCUCCCACCAGAAGUGAAGCACCUCACCCCUCCCCUAGUGUCCCUCACUCGCACUUCAGAGAGACGAUAGAAAUCAUCUCGGUACUCAUGCAAUGUAUUUAAGGGCUAGAACAUAUGGCUCCAGUUACAAUGUGUAAAGUCUCAGUACAUGUCAAACAGAAGUUCUUCAAGAGAGGAUCAAAAUAAUUGCUGUACUUACAUGUAUGUAACCUCUUAAAUUGCAGAAACAUAAGACUCAAAAGAGGAUCAAAAUAAUUUCUGUACCUACUUGAAGGCCUAUAUGUAAUGUCUUAAAAUGACAGAAACAUAAGGCUUUACGUGUAAAGAGAGUUUAAUGCUGGCGGUAAAAAGUCAUGUUGUUUGCGAAUCAAAACUGAAUGUUCUGAAACUUCCACUUGCACCUUUGAGAGAUGAGGGAUAGCAAUUAUUUCCGUACUGACACUUUGUAAUUUCCAGAACAUAAGUGGAGAUAUGGGCUGCAUGAAGUCUGUAUGAGUCAGAAGUGAACCCUUUCUCUUUUAUUUGUUAGAGAUGAUUUCUGUACUUACGCAAUGUAUCAACAGCCAAAAGAAAAUGGGCAGUGUGAGUCUCUCUAUCUUUAAAUGAGUGAAAGUUCUUAGCUCUUCCUUCUGAAUUUCAAAAACUUAUUGAAAUAACUUCUCUACUUAUGCAGUCAAUGUAAUGAGUAGAACAUGAACAUACAGGCAGGUAGCGUAAUGUCUCAGUAGGUCUAAGCGUAUCGGGUGUUCCCCUGAUACUCAAGACUUUCGAGCUGCUCUUGAAGAUUACGUUAUCUCUCAAGGAUUCAUUUGUCCAUGAAGGAUGUAAACCUCAAGGUGUUUCUUGCUAUUGGUGUGAAGUUGAUGGAUAAUUUAAGCUCAUUGGUAAAGCUAGUCAUCAAGGAAUAUGUACUUUUAUGGUCCAUGAAAUAUGUCUUGGUCUGAAUAGCGUUGCUGAAGUAGUCCUUUAUGACUGUACGACUACAUGAAGAUUUAACACUUGUACUACAGUUAUGGGCGAUCUGACAGCGGGAUUCUGUCUGUACCAAAGCUACUAUUGUGAAGUUUGUACUUAAAAUAAUGAAACGCCAAAAUAUCUUUGCUGACAUUGUUUAAAUCACAACUCUCGCUCAUUUGGCAAGCCAAGACUUUUGUUAAUGUGUUUUGCUAUUUUUUCAGUUGUCCAACAUUAAUUGAAGUAAUUUUAUGAGUUGUAAUACAUUUGUAAAAUGGUCUCUGAUUUGAUUAUGCAUGUGCUUCUUGUAUCGGAGGAAGUAAGUCACAAUUUGGAUGGCAGUCGGUUAUUUGAUCAAAUACCAGCCUACCAUUAGCCAAUCAGAAUCAACCAUUCUAAUGAAGUCUUCUAAGAGGUAGCUUUUCAUUGGUUGUUGGAAAGUGGACUUGAUCGUAAACCGCAUAUGGUGAAUGUUCUAUCAAACUUUCCUGCAACUGUGCGAGUCCACUGGUCAGGUCUCGUUUAUAUGUUUAAAUUCUAAAACCACAGUUCUUGUAUGAGUUUGUUGGAACUAAAACGUUAUAGAAGUAGGAAGACAAAUAUUAGUCACAAAAAAGUAAGGAUUUUAAAAAGGACGUGUGAACAUAAUAAGAAAUGAGAUAAAGUUGCCAAAAAUUGAUCAAGUCUGAAGCAGUUGUACUGUGGGAGGCAGUUUAUGGAUCAAAUGCCAACAUUGAGGUCAGAUAGUAAUUUAUUGAGAUUAGACGAUAUUGAGAUCAACAUGGCAACUUUGACACUGAAGAUACAUGUAUAAAGAUUGAGGUCAGCUCUAAUUACGAAGGUCUAAUCAAAUGUUCACAUUGAGAA